CCAUUAGGCUCCUGGUGACCAGCAGUCUCGGAGCAUCAACACGGAAGUAACCUUCACCCGGAAGUUCCUGGGCCCGCCUGAGGAGGGGUGGGGGCGGGGAGCCGCAGGCGGACUGCGGGCAGGAUGGCGGCUCAAAUUCCAAUCGUGGCUGCCACUUCUACCCCGACCAUAGCCAGGAACAGCAAGAAGAGGCCAGCCAGCCCUUCCCACAACGGCAGCGGCGGGGGAUAUGGCACCAGUAAAAAGAAAAAGCUCUCCGCCUCCAGCUUUACUCAGGGUGUCAGCAUUGAAGCCGUGAGUGAGAAUAAAAUGGCAUCCUCUGAGUUUAGUUCGGGGCCUGUGGAAAAAGCUGCCAAACCGUUGCCUUUUAAGGAUCCCAACUUCGUGCACUCUGGCCACGGCGGCGCAGUAGCUGGCAAGAAGAAUAGAACCUGGAAGAACCUCAAACAGAUCCUCGCUGCUGAAAGGGCAUUGCCAUGGCAACUGAAUGAUCCUAACUACUUUAGUAUUGAUGCUCCUCCAUCCUUUAAGCCAGCUAAGAAGUAUUCCGAUGUUUCAGGCCUUCUUGCCAACUACACAGACCCUCAGAGCAAGCUGCGGUUCAGCACCAUUGAAGAGUUUUCCUACAUUCGCAGGCUGCCGUCUGAUGUCGUCACAGGCUACCUGGCCCUGAGGAAGGCCACGAGCAUCGUUCCCUGAGCCUGGGAAGUGGAGAUGAAGUGGAAAUGACCUUGAAAACAGACUCUGCCCUUGUGGUUUUGUUUCAGGGAAACAGAUGCGUUCUGCUGUCAAUCCAAGAGUGUCAGUUCUGUGUCGUGCAAAGAUUGUCUGGCUUUACCAUGAGGGUCUUUCUGACUUUUUCCCUCCAAGUGAUGUACCUCUUUUAAGUCAUACUUCAGUUGUUGCAAGUAAAAAUUGUUUGAUAAGAAAAUAUAGUAAAAUUAUGCAUUUAAAUUAACUCAGGCAAGUCCCAGAUUUGGUUUGCGAAUUGUAAACCCUUGUCAAACAUUUUCAAUGAAUGUGCAAUGAAAACACAGGUCUGGAUCGACCUUGUCCAGCAUGCCAGCCCUUCCCCGGACCAGAAACCUCUGUUUGCUGCUGUACUGGCAGGAGUUUGAAACUUUAGAAGACUUUAUCCAUCGUGGCAUGCCUGCUAGUGAUUUGUCUCUGCUAGAGCCCAAAGGAUAAAUCCAGCCUUAAAAGGAAAAGAGUCGAAGAGACAGAUUUUGGAGGCCCAGCAAUUAAGAUCACCUGUUGCUUUUGUAGGGGACCCACGUUUGGUUCUUAGCGCUCACAUGGUGACUCCCAACUAUCUCUAACUCCAGGUCCAGGGCAUCCAACCCCUCUUCUGACCUCCAAGGACACUGAGUGUGUGCAUACAUAUGCACAUGUAUGCAGACAAACUCUCGUAAUUAUAAAAAUAAUAGAAAUAUUUUUUUAAA